AUGCCGCCCAACUACGACCAUAUCGAGGUCCCCAAGGACCGGCAGAAGCUGAAGUUUCAGAUGAAGGUUCCUCAGUUCUUGGGCACCGCGCGGCCCAUCAAGAUGACCAAGAGGCUUGACCUGAUCCGCGGGGAGGAGGAGAUCCACCGCGACCUGUUGCUCCAGCAGUACGGCAUCAUUGCUCGUCGAGGGGGGAUGCUUCGCCACGGGCACAUGGAGAUGAUCCGUAUGACCAUCGCAAGGAAGAUCGACAUUAGCAAGAUGUUCGCCAUAUGGAGGAUCGACGCGCCCUGGAAACCCAUCACCAAGAAGGGCCAGGGCAAGCGCAUGGGGGGCGGCAAGGGCUCCAUCGACCACUACACCACGCCCAUCAAGGCCGAGCGGGUCAUCAUUGAGGUUGGCGGGAAGUGCACAUUUGAGGAGGUUAAGCCGAUCCUGAAGAUGCUCGCCGAGAAGCUGCCGUUCCCCGCCGACGCUGUGAGUCACGAGAUGCUGGUGGCGCGGCGAGAGGAGGAGGAGAGGCUGGAGCGCGAGAACCUCAACCGCUACACCUUCAAGUACAUCGUCCAGAACAACAUGAUCGGGUGCCACAAGUGGAUCAAGAACAUCGACAAAGUGUACUUCGGAAAAAUACGAACGGAGAAGGUUAGGUGGAUGUAG